GACUCACUUUCCCAAAGCCCCCCUUCUUUCCGCCUUUGAUUUUUAUUCAUGAGCUUUAAAAAUUACACAAGAACAUGUGUAUGGAACGAGAUAAGGCUUUGUGGCUAUUUCGAGGAAGCAAAGGACUGAAUAGGACUUUCAAAUUGUAGCGAAAGUUCGGAUAAAAUUGGGCAGCUGGCCUUACCCUAUAUCCUCCAACAUCACCACCGCCUGCGCCGAAGCGAAUGAAAACAAACACUAACGAUGGCUGUGCCGGGGAACAAUCGCUUGCUGAGUUAAGGCAGGAGUGAUCGCUUGACGGAAGAGAGGAGCCCUGAGGAAGACAAGACGUGAGUGCGACAGCUUGCUCAGUCCUGGGACCAAAACGCCUGGAGACUGAGCCAGCAACCUCCUGAGGCUUGACGUGCCUGUCUGCGAUCCGCUACCACUGCCGCCCUGGGGCUCAGAACCUCAGCCAGGAGGCGCGGCUGGCCGGCCCCGGGCCCGGGCCUCCGUAAUGAGAGCUCCUAGAUCCUCUCUGUGCCUCAGCUUCGCAGGUGAGGGUGACUGUUGACUAGUGAAAAAGGGACCCAAGGUUCACGACUAUCUUCUUACUGGCAGUGGAACGACCCGUGGAAACCUGCGAUCCGUUCUCAUUAAUAAAUCUCUGGAUUCCUAUAGGCAAUGGAAACUGAUCUCAAUUCCCAGGACAGAAAGGACCUGGACAAGUUCAUUAAAUUUUUUGCCCUCAAGACCGUCCAAGUGAUUGUCCAGGCUCGACUUGGUGAAAAGAUUUGCACUCGCUCAUCUUCGUCCCCAACUGGUUCAGACUGGUUCAACUUAGCGAUCAAAGACAUCCCAGAGGUCACCCAUGAAGCAAAGAAGGCACUGGCGGGGCAGCUGCCCGCUGUCGGGCGGUCCAUGUGUGUGGAGAUCUCGCUGAAGACCUCGGAGGGAGAUUCCAUGGAGCUGGAGAUUUGGUGUCUUGAAAUGAAUGAAAAGUGUGAUAAAGAAAUCAAAGUUUCCUACACCGUGUACAACAGACUGUCCCUGCUGCUCAAGUCUCUUCUUGCUAUCACGCGGGUGACACCAGCCUAUAGGCUGUCCAGAAAGCAGGGGCACGAAUACGUCAUACUGUACAGGAUAUACUUUGGGGAAGUUCAGCUCAAUGGCUUAGGAGAAGGCUUCCAGACAGUUCGCGUUGGGACGGUGGGCACCCCUGUGGGCACCAUCACUCUUUCUUGUGCUUACAGAAUCAACUUGGCAUUCAUGUCCACCAGGCAAUUCGAGAGGACCCCUCCUAUCAUGGGGAUCAUCAUUGAUCACUUUGUGGACCGCCCCUACCCCAGCUCCUCUCCCAGACACCCCUGCAUUUACAGAACCGCCGGUGAGGAUGCGGGUGGAGCGUACCCGUCGGUGGAAGACUCUCAGGAAGUGUGCACCACGUCGUUCUCCACCUCCCCGCCGUCACAGUGUGUGUUUACUGUCACAAAGGCACAUUUUCAGACCCCUCCUCCUGUGGUGACGGACACUCUGAGGGUCCCCAUGGCAGGACUGGCCUUUUCCCAUCAACUCUCCAGCUCUCGCCUUUCCUAUCAGCCGGCUGUCCUGGGCCUUGGAUCAGCUGACCUGGCUUACCCCGUAGUGGUCCCUGCUGGUCUAAACGCUCCACACCCUCACCAGCUCAUGGUUCCUGGGAAGGAAGGGGGAGUGCCCGUGGCUCCCGUCCAGCCUGCCCACGGCGCCCAGGCUGACCAGGAGAGAUUGGCGACCCACACCCCUUCGGACGGGCCCCACUGUGCUGCCACACCUUCCAGCAGUGAAGGCACCGAAACUGUCUCCAACAGCAGCGAGGGCCGGGCCUCCCCGCAUGAUGUCUUGGAGACCAUGUUUGUCCGGAAAGUGGGGGCUUUUGUCAACAAGCCCAUCAACCAGGUGACCCUGACGAGCUUGGACAUCCCCUUUGCCAUGUUUGCUCCCAAGAACUUGGAGCUGGAGGACACCGACCCUAUGGUGAACCCCCCGGACUCCCCAGAGGCUGUUUCUCCACUCCACUGCAGCCUGCACUCCGAGGGGUCCAGCGAGGGCAGUGGCAGCCACCCCCACGACGACUUUGUCAUGAUUGACUUCAAACCAGCUUUUUCUAAAGAUGACAUCCUUCCGAUGGACUUGGGGACCUUCUACCGUGAGUUUCAGAACCCCCCUCAGCUGAGCAGCCUCUCCAUAGACAUUGGAGCGCAGUCCAUGGCGGAAGACCUGGACUCCUUGCCCGAGAAGCUGGCUGUGCACGAAAAGAAUGUUCGAGAAUUCGAUGCCUUUGUGGAAACCCUGCAGUAAAAGUAGCCUCCAGUACCAGCAGCGCCCCCUUUCUGUGGACCUGGGGGCUGGAGCCACUCCCAUCCCUCUCGCUGCUCCUAGCCAGGUGGACGGCAGGCGGAUUUUCCGGGGUGACCCAGAAGGCCCGGCCCCGCACUUCCUGGACACCCCGUGACUGUGGCUGGGAAGGCCCCUGCUGGCCUUGGGGGCCUCGGCAGGGCCAUCUGUGCUCCCACUGUCACCACCUGCACCACAAAGGGUGUCCUCCACUGCUGCUUCCUGCCUGCCUGUCCUGGCCACCAGUCACUUGACAUUCCUGCUGGUGGCCGAGGUGGUGCUGGCUGAAAGAGGAACCGAGCAGUGCUGGGAGGAAGAGGGGUCCUGGGGCUGUCUCCCCAGCUCGCACGCAGGCUUGGCUCCUCUUGCUCUCUGCCCUGUGCCUGGGCUUUUGGCAAUAUGAGGGGCCUGCCUGCCUAUGGUGACAACUCCAGCACCAGUUGUCCCCCUCGACGGCUGUGCCAGGCCUUCCUUGGGGUCUGUGCAGCCCUGGCGGCUGCCUGUGCCCAGCUCCUCAGCUCUGAAUCCCAUGUCCCUGGGAUUCUGUCAUCCAGAGUCCUGGUGAAGGUUGUUCCUUCUCCCCUUUGCUGCUCCUUGGUUAUAGGAAUGGUAAAUAUUUAUUAGUUUCAGAGAAAUCAAAUAUUUUAUAGAGAAAACCCACUGGCUGUUUGCUUGGGCAGAGGCCUGCUGCUCAGGAAGGUCCCCAGAAGCCCAGCUGCUGCUCUGAGGGUCUCCCUGCUCCUGUGCACAGGGCAGGAGCCAAGAACAGGGCCGGCCGAGAGCAGAACCCCAGGUCAGGACCGCCACAGCCUCCUCGUGGGUGCUCAGUCUCUCAGCACCUGUGUCAGUCCGGCAGCCCAGGAAGUUGGGUGCUCCUGUGAGGACCCAGAGUUGUGCCACCUACAGGGGGCAUUGCAUAUGCCCGUGGGGCCGGGGUGCCUUCUGGUCCUCCUGCUGCUUGGGCCUGGCCACCCCCUCCUGGAAUCCAGGGUGUGGCACUGCCCUGGGCUGGUCCCCCGUUGAGAAACCAAAGCUGGGCCAGCACCUAACAGCGCCCCUUCAGGUACUCUCGCCUGAGUCGCUCAGGUGCCCACCUGCUCAUCCGGCCUCCUGCCCAGGUACUCUGCUCUUCAGUGGGGCAGAUGGCCCUCGACUGCUUGUCAGUACACUGCAUGUGACACCGUUCCCACCCCCAAGGCUGGCUCUGAGGAGAGCCCUGGCUGCGCCUGCUUCUGCUGCCACGGGAAAGUCCCAUGGCUGUGGCCAGCUGGCCCUCCUGCCUCAGCCAGGUGUGUCCGCGCUUACAGUACCAGUCAGAUGCCCCAGCUCCAGCCUGGGCAGGGGAGCCUAGCCAGCCACCACCCUGUGCCCAAGGCUUGCAUGAAAAGGCUGGUCCCCACCAUCCACGACAGUCCUCUGCCGCCCUGAUUAUGGCCCUUACCAGCCCCAGCCUUUCUCCAGGUCCCUGUCCAUGCAGAGGCAGGGAAGUCGAGCCCUGACCUCGAGCUGGGCCCGGAGGAGCACAGUGAGGUGAAGACUGGCCCCAGCCCUCAGCCCCACACGACGGAGCCCUAGACCGACUCCCGCAGCGCCUGCCCAGGUCAGCACCAGCCUGCCUCCGGGUGGCACAGUUCCUCUUCCUCCAGCCUCCUUGGGAAGUAACUGAGCUGUACUUCAAAAUGUAUUCAGAGAUUUCCAAUAAAGGUUUUUCUGUA